UGAGCAACUUACGUCAACUCGUGUUUUUAAUAUUUUGUCCUCGUAUAAUUAUACGAAGAUUGUGUAUUUAAUAAAUAAAGUAUUCAGUGAAAAGAAGAUCGCAUCUGGUUUGAAAGUAUGAUAUCAAAAAAGGAACUCACAAAAACAACAAUUGGUGAUAGUGAGAAUAGUUUGGAUGAAAAUAAAAUGGAGUUUACUCACAACAAUAUUGUAAAAAACGUUAACAACUUGAAACUACCAAACAAAAAAUGGUCAUCAGUGAUAUGUCUAUCUAAUAGAAUAAUGUUUUUUAAAAUUGAGAAAGAUUUUGAAUCAUAUCUAUCAGUUUCUCUGACUUCAGAUUUGAUUAUGAAUGCUUACUAUCAUUGUAAAAUAAUUAAUUGGAUGGAAUGUGACAAGGUUCAAGCAGAGAAAGAUAUUGAAGAUUUUCUACAAAUAUUUGACAAAGUCUUUCGCUCUGGUACAAUGUACAUGGACGAUAGAUAGUUUUUGUAAUGAAUUGAUAUAUUUGAGAUUCAAUGUUAUUCACGUAAGUUUAUAAUGAUUUUUUUUUUAAAUACAAUUAAUGAUCAAAUUUUAAAUUGAAUUUAUAAUCAAUUUAAAUCUAUAAUUAUUUCUAAACCUGAUUCUAAGGUUAGAUUUCAUAUAAAG